AUGAAUACCAACGCAUUGCGGGCGUAUUUUAGGGCGAAAGAGAGAGAAAUUGGAGGUACGUUUGGCGCCGGCAGCGGCCCCCGCCGUUCGGCUCAGCAGAGCGGCGAGCUGGCGGUGCGGGACGCCCUGGUGCAGAGCCUGCGCGACCGCGACCACGAGAAUCGCGCCACCAUCGACCUGCAGCGCAAGGAACAGAAACCUAAUGCUGAUGUGGUGAGACAAAUGUUGACAGAAGAUACAAAAUGUACACAUUGGCAAAAAGGUUACGUGGUGUAG